AUGAUCCAUUACAUCUUCAUCUUUUUAUUACUCAUCUAUACAAGUUAUGAAUGUGAGAUCUGGAAAACAUCCGAUUGUCCUCCGGGACCAACAAAAGAAGAUGAAGAUUUCAUGAGAUUAGAAACCUAUACAAAAGAACAAUUGUUUACAUUUUGUGAUGCCGGUAAAACCUAUGCCGAUUGUAUCAAUGAACGUUUACAUUGUUGUGAUAUGCGUGUAGAAUAUGCAACAACAUUAGCAUCAUUAGAUGCACAACUUAAACGUAUCGUAUGGCGUGUGGGAAAAUAUUGUACUGGAAUAACGGAAACAAGCAUGAUACAUUAUCGAUGUUUAACAACACAUGGAUCACUUUUGAGUACAACCGUACGAACAACAACUACACCAAUGCCAAUGUGUGAUAUUGAAAAUGCUGGUAGAGUAUGUAGUCCGAUGAUACAAAAUCGUGUUCAUUUCGAAUCUCAUUGGUCGGUUUAUGAAAAAGCAAAAUGGUGUAAAGAUGCCUAUGAUUAUUAUACAUGUGCAUUAGCAUAUAUAACAAAUUGUACAACACUAUCGAUUGUUAAUGAAAUCGAUCAAUUGACAUUGUUUUUGGAUUUUAUAGAAAAAUCUGCUAAUCGUGAAUGUCCCGGUGGUCUAUACGGUUGUGGAGUUAAUGCUCAUAGUGAUAUGCGUUGUCGUGCUGGUGCAAAGUAUUUUCUUGAUAAAAAUGCAUUUACUGAUUGUACUCUCCUAUGCCAACCAUCAUCAAUUACUUUCGUUUUUGUAUUUUUCUGUUUCACCAUUCUGUCAAAUUAG